GACUAUUUCCCAUUCUCAACGCCCAAGGGUCACCUCACCAUGUACCUGCGGUGUUUAGAAGACCUGUACAACAGCACACUCUUCCGUGAGAAGAACACUCAUGCUAAAGACGUAACGGUCGUCAUUCAGAUGUGUGUUGAAACCUGCUGCAAGACACUGUAUUCCAGGUGA